GGCCACAGAGAGUUCAUCCAAGAGGAGAUUAGCCACCAGCCCCCAGAACACAUGGGGGUGAAGUAUAGAAGCCAUUUAAGGGAGAGUGAUUCUGAGGAGGAAGAGGAAGAGAAGGAAGAAGAUCACAGCUCCCAUGAAGAAGAUAAUGAAGGUUCAGAGGAGGGAGGAGAAGGCACCCAUCAUGGCAGCCUGGACCAGGAGGAUGAGGAAGACAAGGAGGAAGGUCAUGGCCUCAGUCUGAGCCAGGAGGAGGAAGAAGAAGAGGAGGAGAAGAGGAGGGAAGAGAGGGCUGAGGUUUGGGUCCCACUGAGCCAAACCACCAGGAGGAAGAAGAUGAGGAGGAGGGGCUGGAGGAGGAUGAGCUCCCCUUCACCAUCAUCCCCAGUCCACCGGCCAGGAGGGAGGUGUAUGCAGGUGCCUCCAGUGAAGAGGAGAGUGGUGAGGACAUGGAUCAGCAGGAUGCCCGGGAGUACGGGAACUACCAGCCAGGGUCCCUGUGUGGCUGCUGUUCCUUCUGCAAUCGAUGCACUGAAUGUGAGAACUGUCACUGUGACGAGGAGAACAUGGGAAAUCGGUGGACCUUAA